AUGACCAGUUAUAAUGCUCAUGUUUCUUUCAUCAUUACCGCUUUUAAUCCAUCUUUUUACGUUCUCUUCCACAUCUUCCUGAUCUCUGUUCCCUCUUGUGUUCUCUCUCUCUCUCUCUCUCUCUCUUGUGUUCUUCCUCCCCUCUCUCUCUCUCUCUCUUGUGUUCUUCCUCCCCUCUCUCUCUCUCUCUUGUGUUCUUCCUCCUCCCUCUCUCUCUCUUGUGUUCUUCCUCCUCUCUCUCUCUUGUGUUCUUCCUCCUCUCUCUCUUUGUGUUCUUCCUCUCUUGUGUUCUUCCUCCUCUCUCUCUCUCUCUUGUGUUCCUUCCUCCUCUCUCUCUCUCUCUCUUGUGUUCUUCCUCCUCUCUCUCUCUCUCUUGUGUUCUUCCCUCUCUCUCUCUCUCUCUUGUUCUUCCUCCUCUCUCUCUCUUGUGUUCUUCCCCUCUCUCUCUCUCUCUGUUCUUCCUCCUCUCUCUCUCUCUGCCUCUUGUGUUCUUCCUCCUCCUCUCUCUCUCUCUGCCUCUUGUGUUCUUCCUCCUCCUCUCUCUCUCUCUGCCUCUUGUGUUCUUCCUCCUCCUCUCUCUCUCUCUGCCUCUUGUGUCCUUCUCCUCCUCCUCUCUCUCUGCCUUUGUGUCCUUCCUCCUCCUCUCUCUCUUUCUCUCUGCCUCUUGUGUCCUUCCUCCUCCUCUCUCUCUCUCUCUCUGCCUCUUGUGUUCUUUCUCCUCCACCUCUCUAUCUGUUUUCCCUUUCUAUGUCCAUUUUGAGUUUCAUAUUUAAUUCUGGCAAAAGCUGCUGCUGCUGCUUCUUCCAGACCAAUCUGUUUUACUUUUAUACUCUUCUUACUGUUUCUUUCUCUUGCUCUCUUCCUUCUCCCGCUUUCUCUUGCUCUCUUCCUUCUCCCGCUUUCUCUUGCUCUCUUCCUUCUCCCGCUUUCUCUUGCUCUCUUCCUUCUCCCGCUUGCUCUCUUCCUUCUCCCGCUUGCUCUCUUCCUUCUCCCGCUUGCUCUCUUCCUUCUCCCGCUUGCUCUCUUCCUUCUCCCGCUUGCACUCUUCCUUCUCCCGCUUUCUCUUGCUCUCUUCCUUCUCCCCAAAAAUUCUCUUCCUUCUCCCAAUUCCUCUUGCUUCUCCCUUUUCUCUUGCUCUCUUCCUUCUCCCACUCUCUUCAUUCUCCAAAGAGCUCUCUUCCUUCUCCCAAACUUUCUCUUCCUUCUCCCUUGCUCUCUUCCUUCUCCAGAGGAAUCUCUUCCUUCUCCCUUUCUCUUGCUCUCUUCCUUCUCCCGCUUGCACUCUUCCUUCUCCCGCUUGCUCUCUUCCUUCUCCGAAACUUUUCCUUCUCCCUUGAAGAUUCCUUCUCCCUUGCUCUCUUCCUUCUCCAGAUUUGCCUCUUCCUUCUCCCUUUCUCUUGCUUUGCUUCCUUCUCCCACUUGCACUCUUGCUUCUCCCGCUUUCUCUUGCUCUCUUCCUUCUCCCUUUCUCUUCCUUCUCCCUUUUUCUUAACCUCUUCCUUCUCCUUGCUCUCUUCCUUCUCCCCCUCUCUCUUCCUUCUCCCUCCCUUCUUUCCUUCUCCAGGAAAUCUGCUCUCUUCCUUCUUCCCUUGCUCUCUUCCUUCUUCCUUCUUUCUCUCUUCCUUCUCCCUUGCCUCUUGCUUCUCCCGAAACUUCUCUUGCUUCUCUUUCUUCUCCUCCCUUUGUCUCUUCCUUCUCCCUUUUUCUCUUCCUUCUCCCAACUUGCCUCUUGCUUCUUUCCCUUCUCCAGCAAAUCUUCCUUCUCCCGCUUGCUCUCUUCCUUCUCCCCUUGCUUUCUUCCUUCUCCCACUUGCUCUCUUCCUUCUCCUUCCUUCUCCUUCCUCCUUCUCCGCUUGCCUCUUCCUUCUCCCUUUUCUCUUGCUCUCUUCCUUCUCCCACUUGCACUCUUGCUUCUCCCGCUUUCUCUUGCUCUCUUCCUUCUCCCGCUUGCUCUCUUCCUUCUCCCGCUUGCUCUCUUCCUUCUCCCGCUUUCUCUCUUCCUUCUCCCGCUGUCUUCCUUCUUCCUUUCUCUCUUCCUUCUCCCCUCACUCUUGCUUCUCCCUUUCUCUUGCUCUCUUCCUUCUCCCACUUGCUCUCUUCCUUCUCCUGCUUGCUCUCUUGCUUCUCCCUUCCUUUCUUCUCCGCUUUCACUUAUCUCUUCCUUCUCCCUUCUCUCUCUUCUGUCUUGUCUUGCUCUCUUCCUUCUCCCGUUCUGUCUUGUUUCUCUUCCUUCUUCUCCAGCUUUCUCUCUCUCCUUCUCCCACUUGCCUCUUCCUUCUCCUCGUUCUCUCUUACUUAUCUUUCACUUUCCUUCUCCCUUGCUCUCUUCCUUCUCCCUUUUCUCUUCCUUCUCCUUUCUCUGCACUCUUGUUUAUCUCUCCCCUUUCUCUUCCUUCUCCCGCUUUCUCUCUUCCUUUCCCUCUCUUCCUUCUCCAUUUCUCUCUUCCUUCUCCGCUUUCUCUUGCUCUCUUCUGUCUUGUUUUCUUUCUCUCUUCCUUCUCCCUUGUUCUCUUCUUGUUUAUUUCUCUCUUUCUCUUGCCUCUUCCUUCUCCCUUUCUCUUGUUCUCUUCCUGUUUCCCCUCUCUUCUCUCUUCCUGUCUUGUCCAUCUUUCUCUUCCUUCUCUUUCCUUAUCGCUUUCUCUCUUCCUUCUCCCGCUUUCUCUCUUCCUUCUCCCGCUUUCUCUCUUCCUUCUCCCUCUUCUCCCUUUGUUUAUCUUUUGCUUCUCCCUCUUCUUCUUCUGUCUUUAUUCUUCCUUCUUUCACUUGCUCUCUUCCUUCUCCCUUGUUUAUCUUUCCUUCUCUUGCUCCUUCUUCUGUUCUUUCUCCCACUUGCACUUGCUUCUCUUUGUUUAUCUUUCUUCUCACUUCUUCCUUCUCCCCGCUUCUCUUCCUUCUCCUUUCUUUCUCUUCUUCCUUCUCCGCAGUUUUCUUGCCUCUUCCUUCUUCUCCAGCUUUCUCUCUUCCUUCUCCCGCUUGCUCUCUUCCUUCUCCCACUUGCACUCUUGCUCUCUUCCUUCUCCCGCUUGCUCUCUUCCUUCUCCCACUUGCACUCUUGCUCUCUUCCUUCUCCCUUUCUCUCUUCCUUCUCCCCACUUGCACUUAUCUCCCGCUUUGCUCUCUUCUUCUCCCCGCUUGCUCUCUUCCUUCUCCCGCUUCCUUCCCUCCCCCUUGCUCUCUUCCUUCUCCCACUUUUUUUCUUAUUGUCUUUUAUGCCUUUCUUCUUCCCCUUCCCCUUCCCCUUUCUUACUUCUCUCCCUUCCUUCCUGCUCUUUCUUUAUCUUUCCUGUCUACUUAACUCCUCUUUCUCUCCUUGUUUCUCUUUUCAUUCUCCCUCCCUCUUUCUGCUUUGAUUUUUCUCUCUUCCUGCCUCUCUCAAUUUCCCUCUUUUUAUCUUUACCUCUCACUCAUUUUUUAUCUUUUAUUCUCUUUUCCGCCUCUGUUCCUCUUCCUCCUUCCCUUCAUCACUGA